ACGGAAAAAUAUUCCGUCGCAUCCUUUUUCACAGGCGCUUCAGGGAAAGUUUGUCCAGGCAGUAGCUGCAGGUUUUCUUUUUACCAUUAUUAUCGCGAGACCUGUUUGUUCGCUUUCGAUUUAAAACUCUCUCGCUGAUCCGAGAAAUAAAACAGGGGCUGAGUCUCGUGCUCACUCGUUUUCACUGAGGGAGUCUGCGUGAGGACGGUCAUGGCGUUGAAGUAUAUGCAGUCAUUGUUUCUCUUUAUUUUAACGGUUUUGCAGUUUACUCAGUCACUGGAGCCUGCGGACUCAGAGACAUUGCCAAUUCCUACAGAAAAAUUGCUUGUACUUACUGUUGCAACUCAACAAACAGAUGGCUUUCUUCGUUUCAUGCAGACUGCGAAGUACUUCAACUACACUGUCAAGGUACUCGGAAUGGGGGAGGAAUGGAAAGGUGGUGAUGUAGGCAAAUCAAUAGGUGGGGGGCAAAAAGUACGACUUCUGAAGGAGGCAAUGCAAAAUUAUGCGGACCAUGAAGACCUUGUUGUGAUGUCUGUUGACAGUUAUGACCUCAUCUUUGCUGGUGGCCCUGAAGAGCUGUUGAAGAAGUUCCAGCAAGCAAAUCACAAAGUGGUAUUUGCUGCUGAGGGGCUGGUUUGGCCAGAUAAGAGGCUGGCUGACAAGUAUCCAUCCAUCCGGAGUGGGAAAAGAUUUCUAAACUCUGGAGGAAUUAUUGGCUAUGCUGCACAUAUUAACAAGAUAGUGGAACAGUGGGAACUUCAUGACAACGAUGAUGAUCAACUUUUUUACACCAAAGUUUACCUGGAUCCAUUACAGAGGGAACGCCUGAACAUAACUUUGGAUCACAAGUCGCAGAUUUUUCAGAACCUCAAUGGAGCAGUUGAUGAGGUCGUACUAAAAUUCGGAACACAGAGAGUGAGAGCAAGAAACGUUGUGUAUGACUCGUUGCCAGUAGUCAUUCAUGGAAAUGGAAAUACCAAAAUUUACCUAAACUAUCUUGCUAAUUACAUACCUAAUAGUUGGAAUUCUGAACAAGGUUGCGGUGUUUGUGAUAAUGACCUCUUUGAUUUUACUGAGGUUAAGGAAUAUCCAAAUGUGACAAUUGGUGUGUUCAUUGAACAGCCAACUCCCUUUGUGCCUGAAUUUUUUGAAAAAUUACUGACCCUGGAUUACCCAAAGGAUAAACUUAAUGUCUUUAUCCAUAACAGGGAAGUUUACCAUGAAAAGCACCUGCAGAAGUUUUGGGUGCAAAAUAAGAAUGUGUUUAAGAGCUUUAAAGUUGUGGGCCCUGAGGAGAACCUGAGCCAAGGGGAAGCCAGGAAUAUGGGAAUGGAACUCUGUCGAAAGUAUGAAAGCUGUGACUACUAUUUUAGCAUUGAUGCUGAUGUUGUGCUGACAAACCCCCAGACCUUGAGGCUGUUAAUUGAACAAAACAGAAAAAUAAUUGGACCUUUGGUAAGCCGUCAUGGAAAACUUUGGUCAAACUUCUGGGGUGCCUUAAGUCUGGAUGGUUACUAUGCUCGCUCUGAAGAUUAUAUUGACAUUGUUCAAAGCAAACGAGUUGGUGUAUGGAAUAUUCCAUACAUGGCUCAUAUCUACCUCAUUAAGGGCGAGACUCUCAGAAAUGAAUUGAAGGAGAGAAACCAGUUUGUUUUAGAGAAACUGGAUCCUGACAUGGCGCUCUGCAAAAAUGCUCAGCAGCUGACAGUACAAAGGGAAAAAGACUCCCCUUCUCCGGAAUCAUUCCAUAUGCUCAGACCUCCAAAGGGAGUUUUCAUGUACAUUACAAAUCGGCAUGAAUUUGGAAGACUAAUUUCAACUGCAAAUUACAAUACAUCUCACUUCAACAAUGACUUGUGGCAGAUUUUUGAAAAUCCACUGGAUUGGAAGGAAAAAUACAUUCACCAAAACUAUUCAAAAAUAUUUACCCAGAAUCUGGCAGAGCAGCCCUGUCCAGAUGUAUUCUGGUUCCCCAUAUUUUCCGAGAAAGCAUGUGAUGAAUUGAUAGGGGAAAUGGAACACUAUGGAAGCUGGUCUGGUGGAAAGUAUAUGGAUAAGCGCAUUUCUGGUGGUUAUGAAAAUGUUCCCACAGAUGAUAUUCACAUGACGCAAGUUGAUUAUGAAAAGGAGUGGCUGCAUUUCAUCAGAGAGUAUAUUUCUCCAGUAACGCUCAAAGUUUUUUCUGGCUAUUACACAAAGGGCUAUGCAUUGCUGAAUUUCGUUGUUAAGUACACUCCUGACGGACAGGCAUCAUUGAGACCACAUCAUGAUUCCUCCACAUUUACGAUCAACAUCGCUCUUAACAGUAAAGGGACAGAUUUUGAGGGUGGUGGCUGUAAGUUUCAUAGAUACAACUGCUCUGUUGAAUCUCCAAGAAAAGGAUGGAGUUUCAUGCACCCAGGAAGACUGACUCACUUACACGAAGGACUACCAACUACAAAUGGGACACGAUACAUUGCUAUAUCUUUUAUUGACCCAUAAACUGUUUGUUUGUUUUUUUUUUUAUUUGUAAGUGGUAAAAUAGUGGAAACCAAAGAAGACCCUCACAUAUUUGUGAAUGCAUUCUGACAUGAAACAGUGAAAUAAAAAUGCUACCAAAGGAUUCUGAAAUGUAACAAAGGGAAAUUGCUGAAGAUAUGAUUAUUUAGCUGACUAAUAAAGGUGUCCUCAAAUAAAUGUAAAAAACAGUGUGAUUUUAAAAAAAAAAAAAUCAAAGGUAUUUUCAACCUACUUUGACACUAUCAAUUUAGAAAUUAUUUUUAUCAAGAUUCUUGUUCUUAUGUUUCUACUGAAUUGUGGAUGUUCUUGGAGAUUACUGUUACUGUACAUGCAUGUUGCUAUUGUCAUUUAUUUUUUCUUACUACUGAUUUAUUUCUUGGGACUGUCAGAUUAUUUUUUGUGACGAUCAGGUCAUUUUUUGCACACCAGCUUUUUUUUUUUUUAGGAAAAACAACUAUUGAAACAGCUGUUGCUAUGAUAUUCAGGAUUUGUAUACAAUUCUAUUACAACUUUUACUUGAAAUCGAAAAAAAAAAAAAAAGUUUAAAAAAAAUUGUGGCUGUCCAACUGGACAGUUGUUAUUGAACUGAUUAUCAUUUUAGGGAGAAUAAAAUAACCUGUUAUUGUUUACUUUUAGAGAUUUACAAUGAGCGGUACACCAUGAACAUGUUCACCAAAUGAACGUAUUAUGUCAUACUGAUGUACCAAAAUAAAAUCCAAACGUACAGUAAA